AUGUAUUUGUCAAGAUUCCUGUCUCUCCAUGCCCUAUGGGUUACUGUGUCUUCGGUAAUGCAACAUUAUCCUUCAGUUUGGGGACAUUAUGAUGUGUGCAAAACACAGAUUUAUAUGGAUGAAGACAAGAUUUGGGAUUAUACUGCCUGUCAGCCUGAAGCCAUAGAUAUGAUGAAACACGUAAAAGUAAACCUGGAUCCACCUAAUAUAACAUGUGGAAACCCACCAGAGACCUUCUGCGGAAUGGGGAAUCCCUACAUGUGCAAUGAGUGUGAUGCAACCAUUGACGAACUGGCACAUCCACCCGAACUGAUGUUUGAUGCCGAAGGAAGGCAUCCCUACACCUUUUGGCAGUCGACCACUUGGAAGGGUUACCCAAAGCCUCUCCAAGUGAACAUUACCUUGUAUUGGAACAAAACCAUCGAACUCACGGACAAUAUAGUCAUCACCUUUGAAUCUGGCCGCCCAGACCUAAUGAUCCUGGAGAAGUCCCUCGACUAUGGUCGGACGUGGCAGCCAUACCAAUAUUAUGCUACAGAUUGUCUAAAUGCUUUUAACAUGGAACCAAAAACAGUGAGGGAUUUAUCUCAACAGGCAGUCCUAGAAAUCAUUUGCACAGAAGAAUAUUCCACGGGGUACAUGGCCAACAGUAAAAUCCUCCACUUUGAGAUUAAGGAUAGAUUUGCAUUUUUUGCUGGGCCUCGGCUUCAUAAUAUGGCCUCUCUCUAUGGGCAGCUCGACACAACCAAGAACCUAAGAGAUUUCUUUACUGUCACAGACUUGAGGAUAAGACUGCUCAGGCCAGCAACUGGGGAAUUAUAUGUGGAUCCGCAGCACAUGACACGCUACUUUUAUGCAAUCUCCGACAUAAAAGUAGUUGGAAGGUGCAAGUGUAAUCUUCAUGCCACUGGCUGCAGAGUUGAAAAUAAAAAAUUAUUAUGCGAGUGUGAACACAAUACUACAGGCCCAGACUGUGGGAAAUGUAAGAAGAAUUAUCAGGGACGUCCUUGGACUCCAGGUUCCUAUCUGCCCAUUCCUAAGGGCACUGCAAAUAUCUGUAUGCCCAGUAUUUCCAGCAUUGGUACUCCUCCAAAGUAUGAUAAGAUAUGGCCGAAUAUAUCUUCUCUUGGGGUUUCUAACCCAAAUCAAGUUAUUCCAAAUUUAGCCGUGUUUGCUGUUUUUUCAGUCCAAGUUGCAAUCCCCAAAGGAGACUGUGAAUGCUUCGGCCACUCCAACCGCUGCAGUUACAUCGAUCUGCUCAGUACAUUCAUUUGUGUGAGCUGUAAACACAACACUAGAGGGUACCACUGUCAGUUGUGCAGGCUGGGCUACUACAGAAAUGCUUCUGCAAAGCUGGACGAUGAAAAUGUAUGCAUAGAAUGUAAUUGUAACCGUUUGGGCUCAGUCCAUGAUCGCUGUAAUGAAAAAGGAAUUUGUGAGUGUAAGCAGGGAACAACAGGGACUAAGUGUGAUAAGUGUCUGCGGGGAUAUAACUGGCACAACCUGGGUUGUCAAUCAAACGUAUGUGACAAUGAACUUCAAAUUUGCCAGAACGGAGGGACAUGCCACAACAAUAUACGCUGCCAGUGCCCGGAAGGCUAUACUGGUGUAUUGUGUGAGAAGCGGAGUUGUGAUGUGGAUCCAGAUGGCUGCAGCGAAAGUUCAGGGCAAGGAGCAAUAUCAAUACAAAUCCUGCUACUUCUACUACCACCAAUUGCUCCAUUGGGAUUAAGUGGGCUUUUUAUAUUUUAAGCUAUGCAGCUUGGGAGACA